AUGGAAACGUCCAGAACUACCUCAUCAGCAGACUCCAUCCAGCACGAGCCCCAAAACAUCCUCAAACAGCCCCAAGAACCCACUCCGAUCAUCCCCCAAUCCGAGAAUCCACAACCAGCCCAACCCCAUCCAAAUCCACCAUCUGCAGCUCAAACCCCGUCUUCUCAGAUCAGCACUACUCCCCCCUCGAUCGACUCCCAUCAACAGCCUGAGCCAGGAAUGGCACCCAAUCCAAUCAUGGCCCCAAACCCCGCUUUGGCCAAGGCCCAGUCGGUCAAAACUAGCCAAACACACCCCAUGAACAUCUCGCCCGUCAUACCUUCCGAACUCACCUCCGGGCUGCUGUUCAUGCUGAAGACGGCCAACCAUCGGGCCGGCUCGAACAAGCUGCCCAUCGAUCUCUUCGAUCUCACCGGCCCGGAAUCGGAGAAAGCCACCCAAGUCUUCUGGCAGUACCACCAACAACGCACGAGCACCAACCAGCAACGCGAACAGCAGGCGGGGGGCCCCGAAGAAGCUGCCCAGCCAGAGCACGCGGGCAAGCUGGGCAACCUGCUGCUCUCCUCCUGUCCGGGGAAGAAGGUGCGGAUGAACGAGACAGCGGCCCAACGCCAGGCCACCGGUAACCACCGCUCGCCGAUCUGCAGGGACCUCAAGUCGGACCUCAGUCGGGCCUACUCCAUCGGCAUCCGCGCCAUCAUCUGCUGUCUCGACGACGAGGAACUCGAGUAUCUCGGCUCGCCCUGGCCGGACUACUCGCGCAUCUCGCUCGAGUGCGGCCUGGCGGUCAUCCGGAUCCCGAUCGCCGAGGGGUUCGCGCCCCAGAAGGGGAUCAAGGAGGUCAACGAGGUGCUCGACCAGGUCAUCCAGUCCUACACCGCCCGAGGCAUCGACGUCCUCUGCCACUGUAGGGGCGGAGUAGGCAGGGCAGGCUUGGUGGCCUGCUGCUGGAUGCUCAAGAUCGGCCUGAUCAACAGACCCAGCCUGAUCUCCGACCCCUCCAACCACGCCCCCUCGGCCGACUACCCCCACUACCAAGCCAACCACCAGACCAUCGCCUCCUCUAACUUCCAGGACCAGUUCCACUUCCACCACCACCAACCUCAACCCCAACCUCACCCCCCUGACGUCUUCUCCUUCGUCGACGGCAAUCGCUUGGCCCCCAAGAACUCCGUCCUCGGCCAGGUCGAGAAAGUCAUCGAAGUCAUCCGCAGACGACGAAGUCCGAAAGCUAUCGAAACCCCCCAACAGGUCCAUUUCAUCAUCCAAUACGCCAAUUGGCUAGACACCUUAACCGAGAACGUCGACUUCUUCUAG